AUUGCUCUUCGCCGCUGGUCUCUUCUUCUUCGCGGUGCUAUCGCUAAGCAUCUACGUUAAAGAUCCCGACUCGGUAACUCUGAAGAGUUCAGUUACGGCAAAGGAACCUGUGCGGAGAUCGCUCGGCACAAGUGCAAAGGACGCCAAGCGGAUCGGUUCGCGGCAAAGGCCGCAAAUACAUAGCAUACCUGGCACGCCGCUGAAGCUUUUGCUAGCGAGCCAUAACCGGCUGUUCUGGUAUGACGUCGCGAACGACACGGUGCAGGUGUUGCACGAGGGCGAGGGUGUGCACUAUGGCAUCUUCCCAGGCGAGCGCAGCGAGGACGGGCGUCUUAAAACGGUCUGGAACGUGAUCCGGCCGCAUAACUGGCACCCUAAGACCAGCGAGGAGUUCCUGGUCCAGUUUGACGCGGAAACAGGCUCGGAGGUCAGCCGGGUGCGCAUCCACUCGCGCUUCACGCACGAUGCGGUCCGCCGCGGUGACCGGGUGUACCUGGCCAACACGGAGGGCGGGGAGGUGCAGGAGCUGCGCUACCCCGAUAUGAAGAAGCUCCGCUCCAUGCGGCUGUUCUCCCUGAAGCAGCACGUCAACACGCUGGCCCCGCUGGAGACGGGGGCGGUGUGGGCCGUGCUGCACAACCUGGGAAAGAGUGACGCCGUGCGUAUCGACCUCAACGCCGACCCGGUGCCCCGAGUGAGCGGCAAAGUGCGGGGGGUCGGCAGCAAGGCACAUGGCCUGGUGGCCCUGUCCCCCGUGUCAGCACCCGCCUCCUCUGAUGCUGCCUCCGAUGCCGCCGCCUCGGGCAGCUCUGGGGGUGCGACGGGGAGGCUGCUGGUGCUUGAUUCGGAGGCGGGUGGGCUGGUGGAGGUGGAUGCGGGCAGCGGGGAGGUGCACAGCAGGUGGCAGGCGCCCGCCGACGAGUCUCCCUCCAAGUUCCUGAAGGGCCUGUGUGUGGUGGACGGCGUGGCGUACUUUGGGGUGAACGUGUGGGGCAGCCGGGAGAGCAGGGACAGCACAGGCAACGAUGCCGAGCUCGCUGCAGUGGACCUGGCUAGCGGCUCGCUGCUGUGGCGGCGGCGGGUGCCCUCGCACGGCCUGCUGAACAUCGUGGCAGCGCCGCAGCUGGGGGAGGAGUCCACCUACAUGGCCAUGGCGGCAGAAGGAGGCGUCGCGGCAGCAGCAGCAGCAACAGCAGGGGAGAACAAGGAGGGGGCGGGCGAGCACGGACAUGCAAAACAAGAAGAGCAACACCGUCGGCAGCAAGGACAGCAGCAUCAUCAGGAGAAGAAGCAAGCCACGAAGCAUGAAGCCGGGUCCUCCUCCUCCUCCAAAUCCAAGUCCUCCUCCUCCUCCUCCCACAGUCACGCCCACGACCGCAAAGCCAUUUCCACCACCACUUCAGCUGCGGGUAACUCCAGCAUCAGCAUGACUGGCCUGGGCGGCGUGGCUACCGGCAUCAACGACCCACGGGUCGCAGCGGCCACCCAGAAGCUCAUUGACAUGGGCUACCCGCCUGUCGUGAGCGGCUACUGGUCUUCCGGACAGCCGCACCUGGACCUGAAGACCAAGGACACGGCCAAGUGCUGGGAGGCGGGGCUGUCGCUGCCGCUCAUGCGGCUCAACAUUGAGAGGCUGCGGGAGCGUGUGAUCAACAUGCCGGAUGACAUGUGGAGCCCGGUACGGCAGCGGCGGGAGAACGCGGCGGUGGACGGACGCAAGGACAACAUGGACAAGUUCAAGCCCGGCGUAGAGGCGUUGUUCAUGGUGUUUUCAGAUCAGAGCACGGAGCACGUCUACCGCUUCCCCUACUACGAGUACUUCAAAGACGUAGUGGAGCCGCUUGUAGAGCAGAUCAUCGGUCCGGCCGACAUGAACAAGAUCGUACGGCUGCAGUUUGCGCGCAUGAAGCCCGGCAUUGAGAUCAAGAUGCACAAGGACAUGGGCGGAUACGCUCGGUUCGCGCACCGCAUCCACCUGCCGGUGGUCUCCAACUCCAACGUCAGCUUCCAGGUGUGCCCCAACCUGGAGCGCAGCUACGUGGAGGAAGGCAAGGCGGCAGCGCGGCGCAACCGGCGGCUGGGCGAGCAGCAGCAGGGGCUGCGGGAGGACGACUGCGUGGCUAUCCCCAUGGAGGAGGGCAUGGUGUUUGAGCUCAACAACCGGGUGCUGCACCUGGUGCUGAACCACAGCAACCUGAAGCGCGUGCAGAUGGUGGUCGAUGUGGCGGAGGAGCCGCGGCAGCCGCGCAGGCUCAAGCCGGGUACCGUGUGUAGGUACGAGUCGGCGGUGAUGGUGUGUCCGCCGGAGGGCAUCCUGCCGGACGAUGUGUAGAUACCGUACGUGGGAGGUGUCGUUGCGGCGAGGUGAGGUUUG